AACAGCUUCCAACUAGUGCUCGACUGGCUGCUUUAUGUCUUUCCAUUAUUGAUGACUUAAUUCCGGUUGAUUUAUUGAGGCCACAAACAGCCGGUCAGCGAGCUCAGUGAGCUCAGUGAGCUCAGUGCGCCCAGCGAGCCAUGUUUUGCAAUGGCCAGAACCAGAAGUCAGGACUUGGCCAGGAUGCCAUUUGGUAUGCACACGUACUGGCGUAAAUGGAACUGGAACCACUCGAUGGGAGGGGCAAACCUAGCAGACCAAGCAGCUGUGCUGGUCCAGAACGUGUUUAAUAAAUAAGCCCAGUUAAUAUGGCGCAAAAAGUUGGGGGCAAAGCAAUAUUAUUUUUCCAUUGUGUAAAACGUACUUGGCAUUGUCUGAGCAGUAUUUAUUUUCGAAUUACCUAUCUCGGAGCAUCGACCUCGUUGAAUCGGCAACAGUUAAUGAUGUUAACAGGAGGUCUGAAUGGCCAGCGGCAUCCAUGCAUUCAGCCAUUCCUCCAUUGAUCACUUCGAAAGGAUGAAAAACGAGCUGUUUUCAGAUGGAGAUACUGCCACAAAAGUUCCAACAGCAGGAGCAGCAGUGGCAGCAGGAGGUGUAAUCGAAACGAACGCAAACUGGAUUGGUGCACGUGUACCUGGCCAUAUGGAAAUCGGGGCUUCGGUUACACGCAGCUUCUGUGCACAUGAGACCGAAAUAUGAAAACAACCAAUUGGCAGCUCCCCACAAAGCAAUGUCACCCAACCCGCAGAUGGCGCCGGGUCGUUCGUGAGUGUCAAUUUUCGGCGAUUUUCAUUCGUUUUCCAUUUUCUUGUGCGGAUGCAGCUUUUAAAAGCUCUUUGCUCCGCAGUUUAGCAGUAGGUGAUGCGAAUGGCGCAUUCAAUUAAACGCCUUCCAUUUAACCCGAUGUGCCUGGCUCUACUCGGUGAUACCAAAUUAAAUGCGGAGUGCAUUUGGCCAAAAUGUUGACCCGCGUUAUCGUAUUGUUGUUAUCUUUACUUUCCCUGGAUCCGCUCACGAACGCGUCCAAAUAUCACAGAGAGGCCCUGCAAUUCUUGCUUCGCAAUGGAAAUUUCGACUUGAAUCCACUAAACUGUCACAUAUUAUUGUGGGAAACAUGUCCCAAGCAAUAUAUAGAAUUCCAGCUCUUUACAAGCAAUGGACCCCGUCGAGGAAUUACGUUAAAUGUCAAGAACCCAAUUAGCCUUUAUAAAGGUGGUUUCAGCAAGCAACGCGAAACGGUCUUCAUAAUUCACGGAUUUAAUGGAACCGCUAUCGACAUUCACCUGCAAUUUCUUAGGGAUGCAUACUUGUCUCGCGACUUUAAUGUCAUUACCGUGGACUGGCGACCCCUGACCCGCUAUCCGUGCUAUUUGCACUCCCUGAUCAACACCAGGCUCACGGCGCAGUGCACCGCCCAGAUCUACGCCUUCCUCACCCACUACGGAGCGGUCCGGGAGCGGAUCACCUGCGUGGGCCACUCGCUGGGCGCCCACAUCUGCGGCAUGAUCAGCAACCACCUGACGCGGAAGCAGUACCGCAUCAUCGGCCUGGACCCCGCCCGACCCCUAAUCGAGCGCAAGAAGAGCAACACCUUCCGGCUGUCGCUAGACGACGCCAGCGUCAUCCAGGUGAUCCACACCAACGCCGGAUUCCUGGGCCAGGAGGACAACACCGGGCACCUCAACUACUGCGUCAACGGAGGACGCAUUCAGCCCUUUUGCAAGGGGAAUCCCAUCAGAAGGUCCCGCUGCUCGCACUUUCUGAGCAUCUGCUACUUGGCCACGGCCACUUUCAAGCAUAAAAAGUUCAUGGGUGUUCCUUGUCCCAACGGCUGCCUGCAUCUCAGUGGUCCAAAGCGGCUGCCAGUCAGCGGGAAAACCAAUCCCUUCGAGUUCGCCUCGCUGCUGAGGGAGUACCACAUAGGCAACGACGCCCCCGAUGACGCCCGAGGAUGUAUUUGCAUAGACGUGCCGUAUGCCAAGCACUGCCCCUUCACGGACGCGUAGGAGCUGGUUUUUAAUAGGUUGUAAUUCUAUAAUAGAACUGUUGAUAAUAUAUUCAAUAAUAAUUGAUUUUUGGGACUUUC